AUGUUUGAGGAAAAUCCUCCCUCAAGAUACUUGACAAGACUUGCCCACCCAGAAGUCUCCCAAGAAACCAACACAGCUGUAAGUCAUGUUUUGCGGGAUCAGGAAAACACAGGACACGUCCCAGGGGACAACAGCGACAGCUUUGCUUCCUCCAGUGACCUGCCAGCAAACCCAACCUCCCCGCAGAGCCACCUGGCAAACCUGAAGAUGCUGAUGGCCAGACAGAAGGCUGAGUACGAAUCUAAAAUAGCAAGCCUGGAGCAGCGGAACAGAGAGCUGCAGUCAGAGAUUAAGGAUAUGCAUUCAAAACUGGGACAGCAGCGUAAGUGGUACAGUCUUGUGGAGAUGAAGAUGCGAAAUGCAGAGCGAGCAAAGGAAGAUGCAGAGAAAAGAAAUGAAAUGCUCCAAAAAGAAAUGGAAGAGUUUUUUGAAACCUUUGGGGAAAUUAACAGAUGGAAAUAA